CAGGCAACUCAUCGCACCAAAUAUAAUGCAAAAACAUUAUCUGGCAAACGGCGCCGAACAGGUUUCCAAACAGGACAUCGAGCAUUGUUACUACCACGGCAAAGUUCAAGACUACCCAGGUGCUACAGCGGCCUUUCACACAUGCAAUGGAGUUAGCGGUGUGAUCCAUGUGGGAAACGAGACCUUCGUUAUUCAUCCCUUCUACGGGGGCGAUCUUUCGAAGCACCCACACGUGAUCUUCGAAGCGCGGACUAAGGCAAACAAAGGAUGCGCCACUACAGGAAUGCUGGAGUGGCGCCUCAAUCACCAGGGUGCUAAGGUGCGGAUGAAGCGAGACAUUCGAGAAGUGACCAAAUAUAUCGAAACGGCUUUGGUGAUCGACAAGGCAAUGUUCGAGAAACGGAACGGUAGUACUCGGAUAGAAGUGGUGCACGAUUCGAUACAAGUGGCUAACAUCGCGGACUUGUAUUUUCGGACGUUGAACACGCGUGUGUCCGUAGUGUAUAUAGAGACAUGGCAAGGUGGAGAUAAGGCCCAAAUCAAUCGUCAUCUCGACAUCGGCCACGCGUUAUCGAGUUUCAACGAUUACACGUCGAGAAAUUUAUUUUCCGUCGACAAGGACACGACACAACUGUUGACGGGGGAGGUAUUUGAGGGUGGUGAGGCGGGCAUUGCCGUCCCCGCCACCGUAUGCACCACCAAAUCCGUAGGAAUAAGUGUAGAUAUAAAUACAUACGAACCCCAUUUGUUAGCAGGUACAAUGGCCCAUAUGAUAGGUCACAAUAUUGGAAUGGGUCAUGACGAUGGUCGCGAGGAGUGUUUUUGUAAAGACUGGCACGGCUGCAUAAUGGCGAAGUCAAUAGUAGGCUUAGACAAUGUACAGCCUUAUAAAUUUAGUCAAUGUAGCAUGUCCGAUUACAUUGACAGGCUCAGGACUGGGUCAGGACAAUGUUUAAUGAAUAAACCCAAUGAACUACAGGACCGACGAACCUGCGGUAAUUACAUGGUAGACGAAGGUGAAGAGUGCGAUUGUGGAAGCAUAGAGAGCUGUCCCAGCGUCGACCCUUGUUGUGAUCCGCUCACUUGUAAACUAAAGUCGGAAGCCAAGUGCGCAUCAGGACCGUGUUGUGAAAAUUGUAGGCUCAAGGAAUCAGGAGUAGUUUGUCGAGAAGCAACGAAUGAAUGUGAUCUUCCAGAACAGUGUACAGGAGAGACGGGUGAAUGUCCUGUAGAUAUACAUAAGAGAAAUGGUAGUCCAUGCGGUAACGAAAAAGACCGAGGAAAAUGCUUUAAUGGAUUCUGUCCAACGUUUACCUCGCAGUGUGAUUAUAUUUGGGGAUAUGGGAGUAUUGGUGCAGCUCAAGAAUGCUUUAAUAUAUUUAAUUCAAAAGGAUCAAUACACGGACAUUGUGGUAUUGACGGCAACGGUAACUAUUUAAAGUGUAAUCCAGAAAAUGUUCGCUGCGGUUCACUGCAGUGUCAACUCGGUGCACGAUAUCCUGCAAUAGAAAGACCUGACCAGCAAUUUUAUAGAACUAUAACUAAUUUUAAGAAUCAGGAAUUUGAGUGCAAGUCAAUAUUAAGAGAAACAAUAGAAGAGGGCGAUACUUUACCGCCAUACGGUUUGGUACGCGAUGGAACCCCAUGCGGCGAUAAUCUUAUAUGUAUGAAUCAGACAUGCGUUACGAUGUUUCCUCAUGUUAUUCAAGAAAAGUGCCCUACAAACGAUCCAUCACAGGAAUGUUCCGGCCACGGACAUUGUACCAACGAAAACAAAUGCUACUGCGAAAUGGGCUACAAGGGAUCCGAUUGCUCAAUUAUCGAAGAGAUGACGCCUGCCCCUCCACUUCCGACUCCUCCUGCAGAUAUUUCCUCCACCAAUCUGCAAGAGCACAUGAAGAAGAAAGAAACCCCCUACGGGGAAAAUCACACGAACGGCUUGAGCACUAUCAUCAUGGUCGGAGUUCUGGUGCUCGUGGUCAUGCUGGUCUUUGUGUGUUUUGCCCUUAUGGCCGUUUGCUACAGGAAGACCACCGUGAGUAAAUACGAGAGGGCGUACAAAAAGCCGAUACCCAAAAAGUACCUAAACCACUCCCAAGAGGAUAGUAUGGACAGCACUAGGGGCAUCCCAAUGCUACCCAUGGGGCCCGGAGACACUAUGAGCUCGUUGGGUCGACAUGAUUCACAACGGGUGCUGUUUCGUCCAGCCAACCACAUGCCAUCAGUAUCAGGUCCAUCCUAUCAGGAUCACAAGAUGCAACAGCUCAAGCGCAUGGGUGUUGGCAGCGAGGACAUUGAAGAUAUUGGAGGCUCUAGUGCAAAUGUGGAACGCACACUCAAAACUUUGAACGGUUACCACGACGACAUUUUGGAAGCUCUGCGCAAAGCAGCUGUACAAAGAGGCAUUUCCACCCCAUCUGGCAGUACUACAGCUUUAAGCGAAGAACUAUUGCGAAGAAGCAUAAAGCAAUGCCAGGAAAGCUACGAGUACCAGGGUAGAAGUAGUGGCAGGGGUAGUAAGGAAAACAUUUGCGGUGAAUCACAGGUGCACAAAGUAGUAAUAGAACACGAAGAAGAAGACGAUGAAGGGCCUCCGGCUGUUGGAACGUUAAGAAUACGAAAUUUAGAAGAUUUAAUCAGGCAGCUGGAACAUCAUUCUAGGCAUAUGAGCCCCAGCGGAUCUGAAGAUAUUCGAAUGUCCGAAACUGAAGCUGAUCGGCAUUAUCGGCAAGAAUCGUCUUCGGCAUGUAGCGAAAGUUCCCACCAAUCUCAUCGAGAUUCUCGUUUCGCUUAUGGCCGGUAUCGACAACCGCCAACUCGGAUGCUUCACCCUGUACAGUAUCGACAACCCGACGAGGAGGGAAUUUACGAAUCUGCAGACCAUGAACGAAGUGGGGCUGGUUGUCAGGAUACUCCCGAUAGUGAAAGUGAUGAAUUUAUUCAAGCUCAACAGCAGUUAGCCCGGUGGGCCAGUGAGGACACCGUAAGCGUCGGCGUCCACCCAGGGGUGUCUGGAAGUACCGGAGGCACAACGGCCGGCCUACCUCCGAGAGAGUACUUUCCGUCACCCACCAGUUCGACCAGCGAAGAGCCGCCGAGCAUAGCCAGGGCGCCAGCACCAGGUCCACCGCACCCUCCACCUCACCCAGACCACGCAACCAUCCAUCGGCCGAAACGUUACCCCGAGUACAAACACUGA